AAGACAAAAACCAAGAUGGCCGACGGGAUGUAUGUAGUUCGCUGUUUUUUAGCGUUGUAAGUUUGGUUGUGAGCACGGAUUGCAAAUGUGCCUACGCGGUUUUGAGCUCUGCUUGUGAAUUGGCGUUGUGAUUGUGAGUUUAGUUGUGAUACGGAAUGUGGAUGAUGAAUUCGGCGUGCUUUUAAAUGACGACUACGCAAAGCAAAAAUUGAGAUGAGUUCAAGAAGGUGGUUUUGGCCCACCAUCACAGGGUUGGAGGCUGAGAAACUGCUCCUGGAGUGUGGAAAAGACAGCAGCUUUCUGGUCAGGCACAGUUCAACAAAGUUUGGCAAUUUUACUCUAUCAGUUAGGAGGAAUGGUGAGGUGACACAUAUAAAAAUACAAAACACUGGUGAUUGCUAUGACCUGUAUGGAGGUGAAACAUUUGCCACCCUGUCCGAGUUGGUGCAGUUUUACAUGGAGAAUCAAGACCAGCUGAAGGAAAAGAAUGGAGAAAUAAUUGAAUUGAAGUAUCCCAUGAAUUGUGCAGAUCCAACCACAGAGAGAUGGUUCCAUGGUCAUCUAUCCGGCAAGGAAGCGGAAAAGCUUAUUUUGGAGCGUGGCAAGAAUGGCAGCUUCCUGGUCCGUGAGAGCCAAUCGAAGCCGGGGGAUUUUGUCCUUUCCGUCCGCACUGAUGAUAAAGUAACACAUGUGAUGAUUCGGACCCAGGUAAAUAACACAGAUAUUUAUGUAGUUUUUGCUUCUUCUCUUUUUAAAUUUUCACAACAGGAUAAUCGAUACGAUGUUGGGGGCGGCAAGGCGUUUGACUGCCUUUCGGACCUCAUCGAGCAUUACAAGAUGAACCCGAUGGUGGAAACCACUGGAACUGUAGUUCACCUGAAGCAGCCCUUUAAUGCUACGCGCAUCAACGCCAGUGGUAUUCACAAUCGCGUGAAGCAGUUGCAGGAAGAGAAAAAUGACACGAUUGGAAAGAUGGGUGGGUUCUGGGAGGAGUUCGAGUCGCUGCAGCAUCAGGAGCAAGAGAAGCAGUUCUCGCGACUUGAGGGCAGCAAACCGGAGAGCAAGAACAAAAAUCGCUAUAAGAACAUUCUACCUUUCGACGAGACAAGGGUGAAGCUGACAGACAUCGACCACAGCGUCCCAGGAUCCGAUUACAUUAAUGCAAAUUACAUUCGUUGGAAGGUGGACGAGACAGGCAGCUCAAACGAGAACGAAGCGAGCAAUAAAGUUUAUAUCGCCACUCAAGGAUGUUUACCUUCGACUGUCGCCGAUUUUUGGCAAAUGGUUUGGCAGGAAAACAGUCGUGUUAUCGUAAUGACCACCAAGGAAACCGAGCGAGGAAAGAACAAAUGCGCGCGCUAUUGGCCGGAAGUAAACUCCGCCAAAGAAUACGGCCAUAUACACGUGCAGAACGUGGCUGAAUCAACUAAAGUGCACUACACGCUGCGGGAGUUCAUCGUCAGCAAGGUGGAUUCCGGCAGCGAACGCAAAGUAUACCAUUAUCAUUUCCUGGCAUGGCCUGAUCAUGGCGUGCCAUCCGAUCCGGGCAUUGUCCUUAAUUUCCUACAGGACGUAAACAUGUGUCAAGAGCAGCUGGCUUUAGAUUUGCCUGCCAAUGAACCACCUGGUGCUGUAUUGGUACAUUGCUCAGCGGGAAUAGGACGCACAGGCACAUUUAUUGUGAUUGAUAUGAUUCUCGACCAGUUGAAAAAGCACGGCCUUGACUGUGAGAUUGAUAUUCAACGCGCUGUGCAAAUGGUGCGCUCCCAGCGCUCAGGAAUGGUACAAACUGAAGCGCAAUAUAAGUUCGUUUAUCUUGCAGUCAAACAUCAUAUCGAAACAACCACGGUACGCAUGAAAGCUGACCAGAAAUCACGCGAGGCAGGUCGGGAAUACACAAACAUUCGGUACACCAGCGAUUUAAGCAGCGCUCUGCCACCAGUUGGUGGAGGCGCCAGUGUCGGUUACCCUACUAAUCGUUCCUCUACGAUGAACCCGCAUUACAGUUUAGCUGCCCCUACACCGACGCCAGUGGGACGCAGCGAAACGAAGAAACCUCUGCUGCCAAGGCCGCCUGAUGAUAUUCCACGCACCAUAUACGAAAACAUUCCAUCUCUGGAGCGGCACGCGUCGAGCACUCUGUGCAGCAGCGCCCCGACGCCACCACCUCGGAAAACGUGACGCGCACGGUACGCUCGACAACCAAUAUCCUGAUCACAAUUCCAUGUGCAUCCAACGUCAAGCCAAAGAGAUCUCCUUAUUAUGAACAUGUUGGUUCAACACCGGGUUGCGGCAAUGGGCGCCCGCCCAGCUAUUUAAUUUAUUCCCCGAAGUGCGCAUCAAACAUAUAUUAGCAAUGUUGUUGAACGUUAGAGUUUAAUCAAAAAUGUAAUAUUUAACAAUUUACGUGUAAGUGCAAUUAUGUCUACGAUGUCGAGGAGGACGAAUGGUGCUGCUUCAAUGAAAUUUAUUAAUAUAGGGCAGUUUCGGUGGAACGUAAAA